CCUGCAGGCCCAGGAGUUCCGUCUGGAUAAAGAGGGCAGGCCUGUACUCUGCGACAGAAAGAUCCCACCAGAUCCCAGGAACAAGACCAAGUUCCUCAUUGCACGCAUGACAGAACACACUGCAGGGACAUAUCAGUGUUACUAUCUCAGCCAAGGUGCCUGGUCAGAGCGCAGUGACCCCCUGGAGCUGGUGGUGACAGGAUCCUACUACAGCAAACCCAGGGUCUCAGCCCUGCCCAGCCCUGUUGUGACCUCAGGAGGGAAUGUGACCCUCCAGUGUGGCUCACGGGUGGCAUUUGACAGGUUCAUUCUGACUAAGGGAGGAGAAGACAGGCUCUCCUGGACCCUGGACUCACAGGUAGACCUAGGUGGGCAGGUCCAGGUCCUGCUCCCAGUAGGCCCAGUGACCUGCAGCCACAGGUGGACAUUCAGAUGCUAUGGAUAUAACAGGAACAGACCCCAGGUGUGGUCAUGGCCCAGUGACCCCCUGGAGUUGGUGAUUCCAGGUGGCUCAGGGAAGCCCUCCCUCCUGAGCCAGCAGGGCCCCAUUGUGGCCUCUGGACAGAACCUGACCCUCCAGUGUCGCUCUGACAUCAGCUAUGACAGAUUUGUUCUGUCCAAGGAGGGGGGACAGGACCUCCCCCAAAGCUCUGUCCUGCAGCCCCAGGCUGGGCUCUCUCAGGCCAGCUUCCCCCUGGGCACUGUGAGCAGUAUUCACGGGGGCCAGUACAGGUGCUACGGUGGACACAACCUCUCCUCUGAGUGGUCGGCCCCCAGUGACCCCCUGGACAUCCUGGUGGCAGGAUGGCUCCAUUAUCGACCCUUCCUCACUGUACAGCCAGGCCCCACAGUGGCCUCAGGAGAGAACGUGACCCUGCUGUGUCAGUCACAGAGCUGGAAAGACACUUUCCUUCUGGCCAAGGAGGGGGCAGCCGAUCCCCCCCUGCGUCUGAGAUCACAGUCCCGAGCUCAGCAGCACCAAGCACAGUUCUCCCUGGGUCCUGUGACCUCAGCCCAUGGGGGAACCUACAGGUGCUACAGCUCGCACAGCACCUCCCCCUACCUGCUGUCACAGCCCAGUGACCCCCUGGAGCUCCUGGUCUCAGCUCAGGGUCUCCAAUGGUACUGGAACGUGCUGAUUGGGGUCUCAGUGGCCCUCGUCCUGCUGCUCUUCCUCCUCCUCUUCCUCUUCCUCCGACACCAGCAUCAAAGCAAAGGCAGGAUGUUGGGAACCACAGACCAAGAGCCCAAGGAUAGAGGCCUGCGGACCAGAUGCUGCCAUGAAGGACCCUCAUCCUGGGGAGGGCAUGGAGCUGGACUCUCAGGCUGCUGCCUCUGCUGCCCCCCAGGAUGUGACCUACGCCCAGCUGACUCACUUGGCCGUCAGAGAGGAGACAAGUGUACCCCCUUCCUCCCCGUCAGAGGAGCCCCCAGAUGAGCCCAGUGUGUAUGCUUCUCUGGCCACCCACUAGCCAAGGAAGGACCCAGACCCCACACUCCAGGGAGAGAGCCUGCAGGGACCCCAGAAGGCACAGGAGCUGCCCCCCUAAGGACACUCAGCUAGUGACCCCAGUCAGCCUGGAGACCUGACAUGGACCCCCAGCAGUUUCAACUGAUUUUGCAGUUGAAGAUAAAUGGCAUCCAAACAUUUUGUAGUCAAAGCAAUAGCCUUAUCAAUAAUCAGUGUGUUAACUGAUUAUUGAGAGGAAGUGAGAGAAUGUUUAAAAUAAUGAUAACAUAAAUAUUAUACACCAAACAUAUAAAAGAAGAAAAUUAAGAAGCAUGAACAAUUAUGUUAGAAAAUAAAAGCCUGAAAUAAAUGACCUAAUUUAUUUUAUCAAGUACUAUAGAAUUGUACACCUGAAACCUGCAUAAUUUUUAUUAACAAAGUCAUGCCAAUAAAUUCAAUAAAGAAGAAUUUAGAGAAAGAAUAGCAAAUUAUUAUAAAUGGCAGUAGAAGGAGAGACAUAAUAAUGAAUGGAUACUAAUGAAAAUGAACAGAAAUAGACAAAAGGCAACAAAACCAAAAGACUUCGUUCUGAAAACAUCAAUCACACUUACAAAGUCUACUACAACGGCCACAGGACAAAGAGAGAAGACACUUGUCACCUCUAUCAGGACAGCAUUAUAGGUCUUACAGACUUUAAAUAGAUAACAGAACACUAUAAACAAUUUGAUACCAAUGUAUUAGAACAUGUAGUUAAAAUGGACCCCUUCCAGUGGACAAUUUAUUAGACAUAAGGAUUAAUAGAAAUUUUGUAUCACCUUAUGUGUACAUUAAAUACAUUGGCUUUGUAAUGAGAAACUGUCUUAUAACUGAACACUGUGGAAUAGAAAAAACUCAAAAUGAUAGAAACAAAGAGUAGAGUGUGAGUUACCAGCAGUGAGGGAAGGAGAAACGGGCAGGUAUUGGUUAAAAGGUACAAACUUCCAGCUAAAAGACUGACAAAUUCCAGGGCUGUAAUGUACAGCAUGGUGACUGUAGCUACUAACACUGUAUCAUAUUUUUGAGUGUUGCUAAGACAGUAGAUCACAAACGGUUGUCACCACAAAAAGAAAUGGCAACUCUGUAACAGGAAGGAGGUGUUAGCUAAUGCUACUGUGGUCAUCAUUUUGCAACAUAUAAAUGUUUCAAUUCACCAGGCUUGUUGGGGAUUUCUUCCCAGUGCUUCUGCAUUUAUAACAUGCAAACACAUUCACACACCCCAAAGUUACACAAACAUUUCCUGAGAGCAGAAAAAGAAGCACACCCCAACACAUUCUGUCAGCCUGGAAAAUAUUGACUCCAAAACCUGAGAAGACUACAAAAUGGAAAAGCACUGGGGAGAAUAUUCUCGUGAACUUAGAUGAAGACCACUAAAAGUAUCACA